AGAAUAUAUGCUUUGUAUAAUUUUUGUUAAGUAUUUAUAAUAUUAUUUAACCCGAGAAAAUUAUGAAAUACCGUUUUUAAUUUGGUUGAAGAGACCAAUGAUAAUGUUACAUGAUAAUGUAACGCCGAUUAUGAAAUAUAAUGUUUAAAAAGAUAAUAAAAAACACCUAACAUCAUGGUCAUAGAGUAUAAUAUAAUUAUUAAUAAUGAUCCAACUUAAUUCUUUAUUUUCACAUUAAGUUUUACAGUUUAAUAACCAAAUCUGCGUGUUCCUAACAAUAUUACCAGGAGUCAAACUAAUAAUAGACAAAAUAAUAGUACCUACCUUAUAAUUAUGGAAAUUCUUCAAGAAAUAAAAAUAUUUUUAAUGAAAUCAAUCAAAUUGGUUACAAUAGUUUAACAAUGUCUACAGACAAAGAAUCUAUCCCUGAAUUUAUUCAUAAUAAAUCUUCACUUGUUACUCAUAUUGCCAAUAGAGACAAAUUUGCUAAAAACAAUUUUAGUAGCAUGGAAAACAAUAAUAAUUGUUUAAUAAAAACAGAACAACAAAAUUUAGAUGAUUACAGUAUUUUCAUUAAAGAAGAUCAUGAAGAUUUACCUCUCUAUCAAAUACAUUACUCUGAUGGCACUUCUGACCAAUUAAAAUAUGAGAAGGAAAAUGAUCAGAUAAACAUAAAAAUCGAAAAGGAUAUUGAUGACAUUUAUUUUAGUGAAAUUACAGAGAAAAGCGAAGACCUGUUUCAAAGUGAACGCGAAGAUAAACCAAGUUUUGAAAACAAUUUAGUGUCAAUUUUUCCUCCAAGUUCAUUGUGUAAUAAACAAACUAUCAAUGAAGAAACUAUUCAGCAACCAAUAGAUAAGUUAAAAAAACAGUGUUACUAUUGCCAACAAUUGUUUGAUUGCAAAAAGAACCUUAUAUCACAUAUAAAACUCCACUGUCAAUUCAAAAUGUGCAGCUCUUUUAAAAUGGAAGAAAAUUCAUAUCAAUGUGAUGUAUGCCAAAUGACAUUUCCUCAUCUAAAAUAUUUAAGAAACCAUAAAAAAAUUCAUAUUAAAGAAAAGUUAUUCCAGUGCAAUUUAUGUUAUAAAACAUUUACCGAUCAGUCGAACUAUGGUAGACACCAGAAAACACAUUCAGGAGAAAAUCCUUUUACUUGUCAUGUAUGUAAGAAAAAAUUUAGCCGUAAAUCAAAUUUGAAUACUCAUAUUAAAAUAAUUCAUGAGGGUGAAAAACCGUUCGAAUGUGAUAUUUGCCAAGAAUCGUUUCCAAGAAAAUAUAAUUUGACCAGUCACUAUAUACAUCAUGUUGAUAAAAUUAAAAGUAAAGCUCAGUUGAUACAUAUUAGUAAUAAAAAGCACUUGUGUAAAGUGUGUCAAAAAUCAUUUUUCGAUGAGAGAUCUCUGCGACGUCACGAGUGGAUACACCAAAAAAAUAAGCCAUUUCAAUGUGAUACUUGCAAGUUAUCAUUUCAUCGCAAGGAUACGCUUGUUGUUCAUAUCAGGUCAUAUCAUACAGGAGAAAAAUUGUUUAAAUGUGAUAUUUGUGAUAAAUCAUUUUUUGAAAAAAACGUGUUAGUUCGUCAUAAAAAUACUCAUAAAAUUAACAUUGUUAUGUCGACAAUAAUUAAAUAACAGUUGAAGGUAUAAGAAAUUUAUUUUUGGCAUUUGUGUACAAUACCAAUAAUUUUUUACGCAAACAUUUUUCUUAUCGAUAAAGCUUUAGAUUAAUUUAUAAACAAAAAUAAAUGGGCACCUAGCAUAUUUCCAUGACAAUAUAAUAAUACACUAAAAAUAUUGUCUAUUUAUAAAUUUAAAUUAAGGUAUUACCUUAACCACUUACUCUACCGUAUAUUUAUAUUA